CUCCAAACAAACAGCUGAAACAGCAACUAAACAAUGCGUUAGCGCAAAGCCGCAAAGCUGCGAACGAAAACAAUCAUAUUAUCAAUAACCGCCUCAAUAUCGACCUUACAUCCCCUUCUACCUCGAUCCCCGCCCCCGGAUCGCUCAGCUCGAUAUGGCCAAACAUCACCCGGACCUGAUUUUCUGCCGCAAACAAGCGGGCGUGGCCAUCGGUCGUUUGUGCGAGAAAUGCGACGGUCGUUGCGUGAUUUGCGAUUCUUAUGUACGGCCUUGCACUUUGGUCCGGAUUUGCGACGAGUGCAACUACGGCUCGUAUCAGGGGCGGUGCGUCAUCUGCGGAGGACCGGGCAUCUCCGACGCCUACUAUUGUAAAGAAUGCACCAUCCAGGAGAAAGAUCGGGACGGAUGCCCCAAGAUCGUCAAUUUGGGCUCGUCCAAGACCGAUUUGUUCUACGAGCGGAAAAAGUAUGGAUUCAAGAAGCGAUAGCACUCGCCCAAUACCUGGCUCACUCAAAUCCUGGAGUGACUGGUUUGGGUUUCUUUUGAUAUGUAUGUGAAUGAACGAUGGGCGUGUUCUCGCAUGAGGCGGAAUCCAUGUUGAAAUGUAUUUCUACCGGUUUUUUUGCUCUUUGAAA